AUGGGCCCUUUGCAUUUAUGUUUACCUGACGAGUGUGGUGGGUGGGGGCGGCUGGAGGAGGCCCGCCGACCUACGAAUGUCCCUAAAGUCGCGGAGGGGCUAGGAGAGCUAGGCCCCGACAGCCAGGACGCGUGGCGAGGAGGGCGAGCGGGGCGCAGGGUGUCGUGCCCUCCUCUGGCCUCAGGGCGGCACUCUGGUCCCGCGGCCGACGCGCUCUGCCCGGGUGGGGAACGUGGUGCGGCGGCAGCGGCGGCGACCGUACGCGCCUCCGCCGUCUGUGAGAGGACGCACGGUGUAGCCGGCGGGCGGGCGAGAGACCCCGAGCGGCCGCGCGGCGCGGGGAAGCGGACGCAGCGCCGUCGAGGAAGUAGUCCCGGCCGCGGCGCUUCCCACCGAGCGGGGCCGCCCCCUCAGGCGGAGCCGCGGCCAGAGGCUCCAUGUUGGGAAGAGGCGCUGCUCGCCCUCGUUAGCGGGAAUCGGGGCGCCGCGUACCGAGCCGGCGGGGGCCGGGCUCUGAGUGAAGAUGGAGGCCCCGCUGCGGCCUGCCGCGGACAUCCUGAGGCGGAACCCGCAGCAGGACUACGAGCUCGUUCAGAGGGUCGGCAGCGGCACCUACGGGGACGUCUACAAGGCCAGAAAUGUGCAUACAGGAGAAUUAGCUGCAGUAAAAAUCAUCAAGUUGGAGCCUGGUAUGUUAUGUUGUUUUGUUUUGUUUUGUUUUGUUUGUGGUGCUAGGGAUCAAACCUAGCCUGGUAUGCAUUA